CCCGCUCCGGCAGGAAAAGGGAUUCCCAGCCAUGUUGCUCCUGCUCCUGCCUCCCCUCUUCCUAUUGGCUCCGGCCGGUAAAUCUCCCAAAAACUCACCUUUGGGGAAUGUUGGGAAGAGUCGAACCCGCCGCCCGUCUCAAACUUCCGGCUUUUUCCGCAGCCCGGCCCCCGCCCCCGCCGGAUCUGGACCCCUUCUCGGCCUCGGAGGAAGCGGACGAGAUGGACCCGGCCGCCGGAGGAGAGGACCCCGAAGAGAACUGGGGCGGGGAGAAGGUGCGUGGGGAAAUGUCCAGGAAGUUUCCUGUCCGUUCCCAGGGAGUUUCCUGCCUAUUUCCUGUCCGUUUCCAGGACGUAUCCUGCCUAUUUCUUGUCUGUUUCCAGGACGUUUCCUGUCUGUUUCUUGUCUAUUUCCAGGCAGUUUCCUGUCUAUUUCCUGUCUAUUUCCUGCCUAUUUCCUGUCUAUUUCCAGGACGUUUCCUGCCUAUUUCUUGUCUAGUUCCAGGACGUUUCCUGCCUCUUUCUCGUCUAUUUCCAGGGAGUUUCCUGUCUGUUUCCAGGGAGUUUCCUGCCUAUUUCCUGCCUAUUCCCAGGGAGUUUCCUCUCUGUUUCCAGGCAGUUUCCUGUCUAUUUCCAAUGAGCUUCCUGUCUAUUUCCUGUCUAUUUCCAGGGAGUUUCCUGUCUAUUUACAAGGAGCUUCCUGUCUAUUUCCAUUCUAUUUCCUGUCUAUUUCCAGGACGUUUCCUGCCUAUUUCCUGUCUAUUUCCAAUGAGUUUCCUGUCUGUUUCCAGGACUUUUCCUGCCUAUUUCCUGUCUAUUUCCAGGACGUUUCCUGCCUAUUUCCUGUCUAGUUCCAGGACGUUUCCUGCCUCUUUCUUGUCUAUUUCCAGGGAGUUUCCUGUCUGUUUCCAGGGAGUUUCCUGCCUAUUUCCUGUCUAUUUCCAGGGAGUUUCCUGUAUAUUUCUUGUCUAUUUCCAGGGAGUUUCCUGUCUGUUUCCAGGAAGUCUCUUGUCUGUUUCCUGUCUAUUUCCAGGGAGUUUCCUGUAUAUUUCCUGCCUAUUUCUAGGGAGUUUCUUGUCAGCAGCUCAGGGAGUUUCCUGUCUAUUUCCUGUCUAUUUCCAGGGAGUUUCCUGUCUACUUCCAGGGAGUUUCCAGUCUAUUUCCUGUUUAUUUCCGGGGAGUUUCCUGUCUAUUUCCACGGUUUCAAGCCUAUUCCCUGUCUAUUUCCAGGGAGUUUCCUGUUUAUUUCCUGACUAUUUCCAGGGAGUUUCCUGUCUGUUUCCAGGAAGUCUCUGGUCUGUUUCCUGUCUAUUUCCAGGGAGUUUCCUGCCUAUUUCCUGUCUAUUUCCAGGACGUUUCCUGCCUAUUUCUUGUCUAUUUCCAGGGAGGUUCCUGUCUGUUUCCAGGGAGUUUCCUGCCUAUUUCCUGUCUAUUUCCAGGAGGUUUCCUGCCUAUUUCUUGUCUAUUUCCAGGGAGUUUCCUGUCCCUUUCCAGGGAGUUUCCUGCCUAUUUCCUGUCUAUUUCCAGGACGUUUCCUGCCUCUUUCUUGUCUAUUUCCAGGGAGUUUCCUGUCUGUUUCCAGGGAGUUUCCUGCCUAUUUACUGUCUAUUUCCAGGAUGUUUCCUGCCUAUUUCUUGUCUGUUUCCAGGGAGUUUCCUGUCUGUUUCCAUGGAGUUUCCUGCCUAUUUCCUGUCUAUUUCCAGGACGUUUCCUGCCUAUUUCUUGUCUAUUUCCAGGGAGUUUCCUGUCUGUUUCCAGGGAGUUUCCUACCUAUUUCCUGCCUAUUUCCAGGACGUUUCCUGCCUAUUUCUUGUCUAUUUCCAGGGAGUUUCCUGUCUGUUUCCAGGGAGUUUCCUGCCUCUUUCCUAUCUAUUUCCAGGACGUUUCCUGCCUAUUUCUUGUCUAUUUCCGGGGAGUUUCCUGUUUCCAGGAAGUCUCUGGUCUGUUUCCUGUCUAUUUCCAGGAAGUUUCCUGUAUAUUUCCUGCCUAUUUGAGGGAGUUUCCUGUCAGUUUCCUGUCCAUUUCCACGCAGUUUCCUGCCUAUUUCCUAUUUCCAGGACGUUUCCUGCCUAUUUCUUGUCUAUUUCCGGGGAGUUUCCUGUCUGUUUCCAGGAAGUCUCUGGUCUGUUUCCUGUCUAUUUCCAGGGAGUUUCCUGUAUAUUUCCUGCCUAUUUCCAGGGAGUUUCCUGUCAAUUUCCUGUCUAUUUCCAGGCAGUUUCCUGCCUAUUCCCUGUCUAUUUCCAGGACGUUUCCUGCCUAUUUCUUGUCUAUUUCCAGGUAGUUUCCUGUCUGUUUCCAGGGAGUUUCCUGUUUAUUUCCUGACUAUUUCCAGGGAGCUUCCUGUCUCUUUCCAGGGAAUUUCCUGUUUAUUUCCUGACUAUUUCCAGGCAGUUUCUUGUCUAUUUCCAGGGAGUUUCCUGUCUAUUUCCUGUCUAUUUCCAGGGAGUUUCCUGUCUCUUUCCAGGGAGUUUCCUGUCUAUUUCCUGUCUACUUCCAGGGAGUUUCCAGUCUAUUUCUUGUCUAUUUCCGGGGAGUUUCCUGUCUAUUUUCAGGAAGUUUCCUGCCUAUUUCCUGCCUAUUUCCAGGCAGUUUCCUGUCUGUUUCCUGUCUACUUCCAGGUAGUUUCCUGCCUAUUUCUUGUCUAUUUCCAGGGAGUUUCCUGUUUAUUUCCUGUCUAUUUCCAGGGAGUUUCCUGUCUAUUUCCAGGGAGUUUCCUGUCUAUCUCCAGGAAGUUUCCUGCCUAUUUCCUGUCUAUUUCCUGUCUAUUUCCUGUCUAUUUCCAGGGCAUUUCCUGUCUAUUUCCAGGGAGUUUCCUGUCUCUUUCCUGUCUAUUUCCAGGGGUUUCCUGUCUAUUUCCAGGGCGUUUCCUGUCUAUUUCCAGGGAGUUUCCUGUCUAUUUCCUGUCUAUUUCCAGGGGUUUCCUGUCUAUUUCCUGUCUAUUUCCAGGGGGUUGCUACCUUUCUGCUUGCGGGAAAUAGACAGGAAACUCCCUGGAAAUAGGCAGGAAAUAGGCAGGAAAUAGGAAAUAGACAGGAAAUAAACAGGAAACGCCCUGGAAAUAGACAGGAAACUCCCUGGAAAUUGACAGGAAAUAAACAGGAAACUCCCUGGAAAUAGACAGGAAACUCCCUGGGAAUAGACUGGAAAUUCCCAGGAAAUAGACAGGAAACUUCCUGGAAAUAGGCAGGAAAUAGGCAGGAAACUACCUGGAAAUAGACAGGAAACUCCCUGGAAAUAGGCAGGAAACUCCCUGGAAACAGACAGGAAACUCCCUGGAAACAGACAGGAAACUCCCUGGAAAUAGACAGGAAAGAGACAGGAAACUCCCUGGAAAGAGACAGGAAACUGCCUGGAAAUAGUCGGGAAAUAAACAGGAAACUCCCUGGAAAUAGACAGGAAAGAGACAGGAAACUCCCUGGAAAGGUUCCCACACCAAGGUUCCCGCGCUAAGGUUCCCGUCUUUCCUUUCUGCUUCCAGGCGCUGCUGGACUUCCCGCCCCGCGGAACGCGGCGCCGGCGCCAGGCGGCCUUCCUCGAACCCGCGCCGCACGCCCGGGUGAGUCUCCCUUCCCUCGGGGCGCCGGGCGCGGAACCGGGCGCGGAGCGCGCUAUAACUCCCCUCUCUGUCGCCCGCAGUACGUCGAAGACGCCAGAAUCCCCAUCCAGCACCGGCAGGUCGCUCUGCAAAGUAAGGCGCCGGCGCCGGGUGCGAAAGGCGGGGAAGGUUGCGGGUUCGAGGCGUGAAGCGGGAACCGUAGCGCGGGAACCGUAGCGCCGAAUCGGACGGGGAUCCUGGGGAAGGUGGCGGGUUCGAGUCUGGAAGCGGGAACCGUAGCGCGGGAACCGUAGCGCCGAAUCGGACGGGGAUCCUGGGGAAGGUGGCGGGUUCGAGUCUGGAAGCGGGAACCGUAGCGCGGGAACCGUAGCGCCGAAUCGGACGGGGAUCCUGGGGAAGGUGGCGGGUUCGAGUCUGGAAGUGGGAACCGUAGCGCGGAAUCGGACGGGGAUCCUGGGGAAGGUUGCGGGUUCGAGUAAGGCGCCGGCACCGGGUGCGAAAGGCGGGGAAUGUUGCGGGUUCGAGUCUGGAAGCGGGAACCGUAGCGCGGAAUCAGACGGGGAUCCUGGGGAAGGUUGCGGGUUCGAGUAAGGCGCCGGCACCGGGUGCGAAAGGCGGGGAAGGUUGCGGGUUCGAGUCUUAAGGCGGGAACCGUAGCGCGGAAUCGGACGGGGAUCCUGGGGAAGGUUGCGGGUUCGAGUCUGGAAGCGGGAACCGUAGCGCGGGAACCGUAGCGCCGAAUCGGACGGGGAUCCUGGGGAAGGUUGCGGGUUCGAGUCUGGAAGCGGGAACCGUAGCGCGGGAACCGUAGCGCGGAAUCGGACGGGGAUCCUGGGGAAGGUUGCGGGUUCGAGUCUGGAAGCGGGAAGCGUAGCGCGGGAACCGUAGCGCCGAAUCGGACGGGGAUCCUGGGGAAGGUGGCGGGUUCGAGUCUGGAAGCGGGAACCGUAGCGCGGGAACCGUAGCGCCGAAUCGGACGGGGAUCCUGGGGAAGGUUGCGGGUUCAAGUAAGUCGCCAGCACCGGGUGCGAAAGGCGGGGAAGGUUGCGGGUUCGAGGCGUGAAGCGGGAACCAUAGCGCGGGAACCGUAGCGCGGAAUCGGACGGGGAUCCUGGGGAAGGUGGCGGGUUCGAGUCUGGAAGCGGGAACCGUAGCGCGGGAACCGUAGCACCGAAUCAGACGGGGAUCCUGGGGAAGGUUGCGGGUUCGAGUCUGGAAGCGGGAACCGUAGCGCGGGAACCGUAGCGCCGAAUCGGACGGGGAUCCUGGGGAAGGUUGCGGGUUCGAGUAAGGCGCCAGCACCGGGUGCGAAAGGCGGGGAAGGUUGCGGGUUCGAGUCUUGAGGCGGGAACCGUAGCGCGGGAAGCGGGUUCGAGUCACAGGACCCAGAUUCGGGUCCGGGGUUCGGGUUUCGGGUCCCGGGUUCGAGUUUUGGAAUCGGACGGGGAUCCUGGGGAAGGUUGCGGGUUCGAGUCUCCCGCCCGGCGGGAAGCUUAGCGCGGGAACCGUAGCGCGGGAAGCGGGUUCGAGUCACAGGACCCAGAUUCGGGUCCCGGGUUCAAGUUUCGGGUCUUGGGUCCCACAUAGGCUUCUCCCUGGGGAAGGUUGCGGGUUCGAGUCCCCUCUGCUUGGGAAUCGUAGCGCAGGAACCGGGUUCGAGCUUCCAGUCCUGGGUUCGGGUUUUGGGUCCCGGGUUCGAGUUUCAGGUUCUGGGUUGGAAUUUCGGGUUUGAGUUUUGAGUCCCGGGUUUGAGUUUCAGCUUCAGGUCCCGGGUUUGAGUUUCAAGUCCUGGGUUUGAGUUUUGAGUCCCGGGUUUGAGUUUCAGCUUCAGGUCCCGGGUUCGAGAUUCCAUUCCCGGGUUCGGGUUUUGGGUCCCGGGUUCGAGUUUCAGGUUCAGGUCCCAAUGGGCGAUCCUUGGGAAGGUUGCGGGUUCGAGUAAGGCGCCAGCACCGGGUGCGAAAGGCGGGGAAGGUUGCGGGUUCGAGUGUGGAAGUGGGAACGGUAGCGCCGAAUCGGACGGGGAUCCUGGGGAAGGUGGCGGGUUCGAGUCUGGAAGCGGGAACCGUAGCGCGGGAACCGUAGCGCGGAAUCGGACGGGGAUCCUGGGGAAGGUUGCGGGUUCGAGUAAGGCGCCAGCACCGGGUGCGAAAGGCGGGGAAGGUUGCGGGUUCGAGUCUUGAAGUGGGAACCGUAGCGCGGGAAGCGGGUUUGAGUCACAGGACCCAGAUUCGGGUCCGGGGUUCGGGUUUCGGGUCCCGGGUUCGAGUGUUGGAAUCGGACGGGGAUCCUGGGGAAGGUUGCGGGUUCGAGUCUCCCGCCCGGCGGGAAGCUUAGCAUGGGAACCUUAGCGCGGGAAGCGGGUUCGAGUCACAGGACCCAGAUUCGGGUCCCGGGUUCAAGUUUCGGGUCUUGGGUCCCACAUAGGCUUCUCCCUGGGGAAGGUUGCGGGUUCGAGUCCCCCUCUGCUUGGGAAUCGUAGCGCGGGAAGCGGGUUCGAGUCACAGGACCCAGAUUCGGGUCCGGGGUUCGAGUUUUGGAAUCGGACGGGGAUACUGGGGAAGGUUGCGGGUUCGAGUAAGGCGCCAGCACCGGGUGCGAAAGGCGGGGAAGGGGGCGGGUUCGAGGCGUGAAGCGGGAAGCGUAGCGCGGAAUCGGACGGGGAUCCUGGGGAAGGUUGCGGGUUCGAGUCUGGAAGUGGGAACCGUAGCGCGGAAUCGGACGGGGAUCCUGGGGAAGGUUGCGGGUUCGAGUAAGGCGCCAGCACCGGGUGCGAAAGGCGGGGAAGGUUGCGGGUUCGAGUCUUGAGGCGGGAACCGUAGCGCGGAAUCGGACGGGGAUCCUGGGGAAGGUUGCGGGUUCGAGUAAGGCGCCAGCACCGGGUGCGAGAGGCGGGGAAGGGGGCGGGUUCGAGUCUUCAAGUGGGAACCGUAGCGCGGGAAGCGGGUUCGAGUCACAGGACCCAGAUUCGGGUCCGGGGUUCGAGUUUCGGGUCCCGGGUUCGAGUGUUGGAAUCGGACGGGGAUCCUGGGGAAGGUUGCGGGUUCGAGUAAGGCGCCGGCCCCGGGUGCGAAGGCGAGGGAAGGUUGCGGGUUCGAGGCGUGAAGCGGGAACCGUAGCGCGGGAACCGUAGCGCGGAAUCGGACGGGAUCCUGGGGAAGGUGUCGGGUCCGAGUCUGGACGCGGGAACCGUAGCGCGGGAACCGUAGCGCGGAAUCGGACGGGGAUCCUGGGGAAGGUGGCGGGUUCGAGUAAGGCGCCAGCACCGGGUGCGAAAGGCGGGGAAGGUUGCGGGUUCGAGUCUUGAGGCGGGAACCGUAGCGCGGAAUCGGACGGGGAUCCUGGGGAAGGUGGCGGGUUCGAGUCUGGAAGCGGGAACCGUAGCGCGGGAACCGUAGCGUGGAAUCGGACGGGGAUCCUGGGGAAGGUGGCGGGUUCGAGUCUUAAGGCGGGAACCGUAGCGCGGAAUCGGACAGGGAUCCUGGGGAAGGUUGCGGGUUCGAGUCUGGAAGCGGGAACCGUAGCGCGGGAACCGUAGCGCGGAAUCGGACGGGGAUCCUGGGGAAGGUGGCGGGUUCGAGUCUUAAGGCGGGAACCGUAGCGCGGAAUCGGACAGGGAUCCUGGGGAAGGUUGCGGGUUCGAGUCUGGAAGCGGGAACCGUAGCGCGGGAACCGUAGCGCGGAAUCGGACGGGGAUCCUGGGGAAGGUUGCGGGUUCGAGUCUGGAAGCGGGAACCUUAGCGCGGGAACCGUAGUGCGGGAAGCGGGUUCGAGUCACAGGACCCAGAUUCGGGUCCGGGGUUCGAGUUUCGGGUCCCGGGUUCGAGUGUUGGAAUCGGACGGGGAUCCUGGGGAAGGUUGCGGGUUCGAGUAAGGCGCCAGCACCGGGUGCGAAAGGCGGGGAAGGUUGCGGGUUCGAGUCUUAAGGCGGGAACCGUAGCGCGGAAUCGGACGGGGAUCCUGGGGAAGGUUGUGGGUUCGAGUCUGGAAGCGGGAACCGUAGCGCGGCAACCGUAGCGCGGAAUCGGACGGGGAUUCUGGGGAAGGUUGCGGGUUCGAGUCUGGAAGCGGGAACCGUAGCGCGGAAUCGGACGGGGAUCCUGGGGAAGGUUGCGGGUUCGAGUAAGGCGCCGGCACCGGGUGCGAAAGGCGGGGAAGGUUGCGGGUUCGAGGCGUGAAGCGGGAACCGUAGCGCGGGAACCGUAGCGCGGAAUCGGACGGGGAUCCUGGGGAAGGUUGCGGGUUCGAGUCUGGAAGCGGGAACCGUAGCGCGGGAACCGUAGCGCGGAAUCGGACGGGGAUCCUGGGGAAGGUUGCGGGUUCGAGUAAGGCGCCGGCACCGGGUGCGAAUGGCGGGGUAGGUUGCGGGUUCGAGUCUUGAGGCGGGAACCGUAGCGCGGAAUCGGACGGGGAUCCUGGGGAAGGUUGCGGGUUCGAGUAAGGCGCCAGCACCGGGUGCGAAAGGCGGGGAAGGUUGCGGGUUCGAGGCGUGAAGCGGGAACCGUAGCGCGGGAAGCGGGUUCGAGUCACAGGACCCAGAUUCGGGUCCGGGGUUCGAGUUUCGGGUCCCGGGUUCGAGUGUUGGAAUCGGACGGGGAUCCUGGGGAAGGUUGCGGGUUCGAGUCUCCCGCCCGGCGGGAAGCUUAGCAUGGGAACCGUAGCGCGGGAAGCGGGUUCGAGUCACAGGACCCAGAUUCGGGUCCCGGGUUCAAGUUUCGGGUCUUGGGUCCCACAUAGGCUUCUCCCUGGGGAAGGUUGCGGGUUCGAGUCCCCCUCUGCUUGGGAAUCGUAGCGCAGGAACCGGGUUCGAGUUUCCAGUCCUGGGUUCGGGUUUUGGGUCCCGGGUUCGAGUUUCAGGUUCUGGGUUGGAAUUUCGGGUUUGAGUUUUGAGUCCCGGGUUUGAGUUUCAGCUUCAGGUCCCGGGUUUGAGUUUCAAGUCCUGGGUUUGAGUUUUGAGUCCCGGGUUUGAGUUUCAGCUUCAGGUCCCGGGUUCGAGAUUCCAUUCCCGGGUUCGGGUUUUGGGUCCCGGGUUUGAGUUUCAGGUUCAGGUCCCAAUGGGCGAUCCUUGGGAAGGUUGUGGGUUCGAGUCCCCCUCUGCUUGGGAAUCUUAGCGCAGGAACCGGGUUCGAGUUUCAGGUUCUGGGUUGGGAUUUCGGGUUUGAGUUUUGAGUCCCGGGUUUGAGUUUCAGCUUCAGGUCCCGGGUUCGAGUUUCCGGUCCUGGUUUCGGGUUUUGGGUCCCGGGUUCGAGUUUCAAGUUAUGGGUUUGAGUUUUGAGUCCUGGGUUUGUGUUUCAGCUUCAGGUCCCGGGUUCGGGUUUCCGGUUGCGGGUUGGAAUUUCGGGUUUGAGUUUCUAGUCCCGGGUUCGAGUUUCCGGUCCCGGGUUCGGGUUUUGGGUCCCGGGUUUGAGUUUCAGGUUCAGGUCCCAAUGGGCGAUCCUUGGGAAGGUUGCGGGUUCGAGUCCCCCUCUGCUUGGGAAUCUUAGCGCAGGAACCGGGUUCGAGUUUCAGGUUCUGGGUUGGGAUUUCGGGUUUGAGUUUGGAGUCCCGGGUUCGAGUUUCAAGUUCUGAGUUUGAGUUUUGAGUCCUGGGUUUCAGUUUCAGCUUCAGGUCCCGGGUUCGAGUUUUGGGUCCCGGGUUCGAGUUUCAGGUUCUGGGUUUGAAUUUUGAGUCCUGGGUUUGAGUUUCACCUUCAGGUCCCGGGUUCAAGUUUCCAGUCCUGGGUUCGGGUUUUGGGUCCCGGGUCUGAGUUUCAGGUUCAGGUCCCAAUGGGCGAUCCUUGGGAAGGUUGCGGGUUCGAGUCUCAAACUCGAACCUGAUUUGGGCUGGGAAUCGGGUGCGAAAACCAGUUCUGCAUUGGGAUUCAAGGGGAAGGUUGCGGGUUCGAGUCUCCGGCUGGAAGCAAUUUGGGCUGGGAAUCGGGUAGGAAAAGCAACCUGCCCUAGAAAUCCAAUGAAGACCAAUGGGAAGGUUGCGGGUUCGAGUACUGGGUUCAAAUUUGGGAACCUUAGCGCUGCGGCUUCGAACUUCCCACUUGAACCCCAAAAUGAGGCUGGGAACCGGGUGCAAAAAGAGUCGGGAUUCGACGGGGAGCCAGGGGAAGGUUGCGGGUUCGAGUCUCCCGCCCCACGUCCUGCCAAUCAGAGAACCCUGGUUGCCCCAUCCCUGUCAAUCAUUCUGAGAUCUAGGGGGUGGGACUAGACAACCCCGGUUGGCCCAGACCUGUCAAUCAUUCUGUCGUUCAAAUCAAGGACCUGUCACUCAUUCUGGGAUCCAGGGGGUGGGACCAGAGAACCCCGGUUGCCCCGACCCUGUCAAUCAUCCUGUCUUUCAAAUGGAUCACCUGCCAAUCAAAUCACCUGCCCAUCAAAUGGAUCACCUGUCAUUCCAAUGGAUCACCUGCCAAUCAAAUCACCUGCCAAUGUCAUUGAUCACCUGUCAAUCGUUCUGCGGUCCAGGGGGCGGGACCAGAGAACCCCGGUUGCCCCGACCCUGUCAAUCAUCCUGUCUUUCAAAUGGAUCACCUGCCAAUCAAAUCACCUGCCCAUCAAAUGGAUCACCUGUCAUUCCAAUGGAUCACCUGCCAAUCAAAUCACCUGCCAAUGUCAUUGAUCACCUGUCAAUCGUUCUGCGAUCCAGACAACCCCGGUUGCCCCAUCCCUGUCAAUCAUCCCGGGUUCAAUCCGACAACCCUGUUUGCCUGUCAAUCAUCCCAGCAUCCAUCCAGCCCUGGUUGCCCCGGGAACCGUAGCGCCCUGUCAAUCAUUCUGAGGGCAGCCAAUCCUGGUUCUCCCGGGAACCGUAGCGCACUGUCAAUCAUCCUGGGACCAGACGACCUGUCAAUCAUCCCGGGUUCGACUUGACAACCCUGGUUGCCUGUCAAUCAUCCCGGCGCCCAGCCAACCCUGGUUCUCCCGGGAACCGUAGCGCACUGUCAAUCAUCCUGGGACCAGACGACCUGUCAUUCAUCCCGGGUUCGACUUGACAACCCUGGUUGCCUGUCAAUCAUCCCGGCGCCCAGCCAACCCUGGUUCUCCUGGGAACCGUAGCGCUCUGUCAAUCAUCCUGGCGCCAGAUGAUCCUGGUUGUCCCGGGAACUGUAGUGCCUGUCAAUCAUCCUGGCGCCAGAUGACCCUGGUUCUCCCGGGAACCGUAGCGCCUGUCAAUCAUCCCGGCACCCAGCCAACCCUGGUUCUCCCGGGAACCGUAGCGCCUGUCAAUCCUCCUGGCACCCAGCCAAACCUGGUUCUCCCGGGAACCGUAGCGCCCUGUCAAUCAUCCCGGCGCCCAGCCAACCCUGGUUCUCCCGGGAACCGUAGCGCCUGUCAAUCAUUCUGAGGGCAGCCAAACCUGGUUCUCCUGGGAACCGUAGCGCCCUGUCAAUCAUUCGGAGGGCAGCCAACCCUGGUUCUCCCGGGAACCGUAGCGCCCUGUCAAUCAUUCUGACGGCAGCCAACCCUGGUUCUCCCGGGAACCGUAGCGCCCUGUCAAUCAUUCUGACGGCAGCCAACCCUGGUUCUCCCGGGAACCGUAGCGCCUGUCAAUCCUCCUGGCACCCAGCCAAACCUGGUUCUCCCGGGAACCGUAGCGCCCUGUCAAUCAUCCCGGCGCCCAGCCAACCCUGGUUCUCCCGGGAACCGUAGCGCCUGUCAAUCAUUCUGAGGGCAGCCAAACCUGGUUCUCCUGGGAACCGUAGCGCCCUGUCAAUCAUUCGGAGGGCAGCCAACCCUGGUUCUCCCGGGAACCGUAGCGCCCUGUCAAUCAUUCGGAGGGCAGCCAACCCUGGUUCUCCCGGGAACCGUAGCGCCCUGUCAAUCAUCCUGUGAUCCAGAAAACCCUGGUUCUCCCGGGAACUGUAGCGCCUGCCAAUCACCCCAGCACCCAGCCAACCCUGGUUCUCCUGGGAACCGUAGCGCUCUGUCAAUCAUCCUGGCGCCAGAUGAUCCUGGUUGUCCCGGGAACUGUAGUGCCUGUCAAUCAUCCUGGCGCCAGAUGACCCUGGUUCUCCCGGGAACCGUAGCGCCUGUCAAUCAUCCCGGCACCCAGCCAACCCUGGUUCUCCUGGGAACCGUAGCGCCUGUCAAUCAUCCCGGCGCCCAGCCAACCCUGGUUGCCUCGGGAACCGUAGCGCCUGUCAAUCACCCGGCAACCAGCCAACCCUGGUUCUCCCGGGAACCGUAGCACCCUGUCAAUCAUUCUGAGGGCAGCCAACCCUGGUUCUCCUGGGAACUGUAGCGCCCUGUCAAUCAUUCGGAGGGCAGCCAACCCUGGUUCUCCCGGGAACCGUAGCGCCCUGUCAAUCAUUCUGACGGCAGCCAACCCUGGUUCUCCCGGGAACCGUAGCGCCCUGUCAAUCAUCCUGUGAUCCAGAAAACCCUGGUUCUCCCGGGAACUGUAGCGCCUGCCAAUCACCCCCGCACCCAGCCAACCCUGGUUCUCCCGGGAACCGUAGCGCCUGUCAAUCAUCCUGGCGACAGAUGACCCUGGUUCUCCUGGGAACCGUAGCGCCCUGUCAAUCAUUCUGAGGGCAGCCAACCCUGGUUCUCCCGGGAACCGUAGCGCCUGUCAAUCAUCCCGGCACCCAGCCAACCCUGGUUGUCCCGGGAACCGUAGCGCACUGUCAAUCACCCCGGGUUCGACUUGACAACCCUGGUGGCCUGUCAAUCAUCCCGGCACCCAGCCAACCCUGGUUGCCUCGGGAACCGUAGCGCCUGUCAAUCACCCGGCACCCAGCCAACCCUGGUUCUCCCGGGAACCGUAGCGCCUGUCAAUCACCCGGCACCCAGCCAACCCUGGUUCUCCCGGGAACCAUAGCGCACUGUCAAUCAUCCCAGGUUCGACUUGACAACCCUGGUUGCCUGUCAAUCAUCCCGGCACCCAGCCAACCCUGGUUCUCCCGGGAACCGUAGCGCCUGUCAAUCAUCCUGGCACCCAGCCAACCCUGGUUCUCC